AUGGAGGACGAACCUUUUCUCACAACAACCACCACCACUACUUCGCUACGCGCCGAUUUCCCUUUGCAAUCUUCGAAGUCAUUCGACGACGUCACCUCCACACGCGCCGCGCGUCAGGCCGAGAUUCAAGAGCACCAGUCCCAGCCGUUUCCCUUUCACCCCAAGAAGAAAAAACUCAGUCGUUGCAAGACAGCACCGGCCAUGGUUACCAUGCGAGACCUCAAACCUAAGACGUCCCAAGUCCCCAAACCUCAGUCCAGCUCCAUAAUCCGACAAGGCAUGUGCUUAUUAGCCGUGUACCUCUCUGUCGGAGUCGCCAUUUACUCUUUCAACAGGGACCAUUUCUCCGGCAUCGAGACCCACCCUGUGGUUGAUGCCCUUUACUUUUGUAUAGUGACCAUGUGUACCAUAGGUUACGGUGACAUCGCUCCCUUGACCCCACUUACAAAGGUCUUCGCUUGUGUCUUCGUGCUGGUGGGAUUCGGCUUUAUAGACAUACUCCUCAGUGGCCUUGUUAACUUUGUUUUGGAUGUGCAAGAGAACAUGAUCCUUACGGGGCUCCAAAUGGGUGCAACUGCGAGGGAUGGUUUUUCUGCGAGGAACUACAUCGUUGAUGUGGCGAAGGGGAGGAUGAGGAUCAGGUUGAAGGUAGGUUUGGCGCUUGGGGUUGUGGUGCUGUGCAUUGGGAUUGGGUGUUUGGUGUUGUACUUUGUGGAGGGUUUGGAUUGGGUUGAUUCUAUUUACUUGUCGGUUAUGUCUGUCACAACAGUUGGGUAUGGAGACCGGGCGUUUAAGACACUUCCCGGUCGCUUAUUUGCCGCUAUUUGGUUGCUCUUUUCUACUUUGAUGGUGGCGCGGGCUUUCCUCUAUUUGGCAGAGGCCAGAAUUGAUAGAAGGCAUCGCAGAAUGGCCAAGAAGGUGCUGCAAAGAGAAAUUACUGUUGAGGAUUUGCUUGCUGCUGAUAUCAACCACACCGGUUUCAUCAGCAAGUCAGAGUAUGUAAUCUUCAAGCUGAAAGAGAUGGGGAAAAUACAGGAAAAAGAUGUGCUGCAAAUUUGUGACCAAUUCGGGAAGCUUGACCACUCUAACUGUGGGAAGAUAACACUGCCUCAUCUCUUGGGGGGCACUUUAUGA